AGUUCUUUUCUGAGACCGAGUUGUGAAACACGUCUAAAACUUGCAGAGUAGAAUUAUUUGCGGCGAAUUGUUUUUAAAUAAUUUACAUUUUCUGUUUGGAGCAUUGCGUCUUUGGUUUUAAUUAUUUGAAGUGAUUUUAUUUUUGUGAAGGAGAUUAUACUCGAAAUUCUUAAUUGAAAAUGAAUUUCAUUGUCGUGAUAGUGGUCGCAAUAUUAAAGUUUGUGGACACGAAGUACUCAUCAAACUAUUGCCAAAGUGGAAGGAAUCUCGAAUCAUUCAAUUCUACGGCUUUACCAACUGAAAUAUUGGUGAGCAUGGAAAAAGGGGAACGCAAACAAUAUCAUUUUCAGAUCAAUGCACCUACUCCAAUAAAAAUCACAUUUUCAUCUUGCACUAACAUCAUCACAAGCAAACUAUAUUACAAUCAAUCAAUUCAGAUCGCAAAAGCUGCAUCUAGUCUAAUAGUUCAAUGUGCUCCGGCUGGCCGCUACGACUUGGUAUUAAUGGCGAAGUACUCAUGCUCAUUUGAAUUAAAAACAAUAUUUCAUCAUCCAUACGACGAUUGGCCUUUGUUGAGCCUGAUUGAGCCGUCGAAAAUGAAAUAUCAAAGUCGAAUUAAAAAUCGAGAGAUGGUUAUCAAGUGGAAUAGAAGUAAGCUUGAUAUACACGUCGUCCACUAUUGCCUGGCUAUUAGCACCAAAAGAAAUCAGCACAGCUUAUGCGAAGCGAUUACACAUUCUGCUAAAGCCGACGUGUCGAAGCAACUCUGUCUACUGUCGUCGUUGAAUCACCUUUACCACAAAAACUUCAGGAAUGUAAUGAAAUUAGAUCCUGAUCCGGAAUUGGUAACCAUUAGUUGUGAAGGCAAACGAAAUCGGUUGACUGUGAAAGGACUUGUGCCGAACAAAAGAUACUUCAUCGAUCUUUUCGGUGUUCAUACCAAACUCGAAAAUUUAACGUUUUUGCUAAACUCGUCAUCCAUGUGGUUUAAUAGGAGUCGACCCAGUCACAUAAAGGAGAACUCGCUGACGACAUUUCAAGUUCCGUUGUCGGGCAGACCGGUCGCGUUUACUUAUAAGAUUCCUAUGCACAGUACGUGUCGACAAAUGAAACUGUUUACCAUUCCAUGUGGCCGCAAUAUACGACUGAAAAUUAUUUCUAAGCUCAAUAACAACGCAACCGUAAUGGAAUUACAUAAAUCGGAAACGAUAGUACUUAACAGUAGACCUCAGGAGAAAUUUGUGUUCAAAUUAUCAACAAAUGAAAUGUUCAACGGUCGAUCAAGUAGGAAAAUCAAAGUUUUAUUAGGCUGUUCAGAUUCAUUCACCCAUUUGCAACUGCCGCGGAAUAUAUCGUUGCAGCAAAAUUUAGACGAAACAGAUUGUACAACGACAUCAAUAUCAUGGAAUCCCUCACCUGAUCAACGACCAGAUAUUUGGUACUGCAUUUAUCUGAUUGAAAUCAACCAAAGAGGUCUUUUGUUUGAAGAUCACUUUUUAUCGAACGCCUGUAUCGGUACAUCACAGAGCCACCCAAACUUGUACCAAAUGGAAUGUAUUCAAAAUCCGGUGCCGGCAUCCGGGGAGAUUCGAACUAAUCAACGAAUCCACCACACUCUGACGCAGUUAAAUCCGGAACGGUAUUAUGCUGUCUAUGUCAUGCUAAGAUCGAAUAACAUCAGUCUGCCGUAUGAUAAGUUAUUAAUCAAUACAAACAGCAUGUGUGCAUUUGAAUUUAAAACGUAUCGCGAUAACCACGGUAGUAUUAUUCCUUACGAUUUAAUGUAAACAUUUUUUUUACUAAUUUAUUUUUUGAGCUACGCUUUGUGUACAGCUGCAAUACACUUCCUAUUAGACAAUAAUGUUAGCCACUAAUAAAAUAUGAUUAAAUAUGUGUCGGAGU